UCUGCCAGGUACAUCAGAUCCAUCAGGUCCGAGCUGUGUUGACUACCACUACUUUUCCCUUCGUCUCAAUUAUGUCUUGGAAGAAGUCUUUGCGGAUCCCCGGAGACCUUCGGGUAGCAACUGUCACCUUGAUGCUGGCGAUCCUGAGCUCCCCACUGGCUGAGGGCAGAGACUCUCCCGAGGAUUUCGUGUACCAGUUUAAGGGCCUGUGCUACUUCACCAACGGGACGGAGCGCGUGCGGGCUGUGACCAGACACAUCUAUAACCGAGAGGAGUACGUGCGCUUCGACAGCGACGUGGGGGUGUACCGGGCAGUGACGCCGCAGGGGCGGCCUGCCGCCGACUACUGGAACAGCCAGAAGGAAGUCCUGGAGGAGACCCGGGCGUCGGUGGACAGGGUGUGCAGACACAACUACGAGGUGUCGUACCGCGGGAUCUUGCAGAGGAGAGUGGAGCCCACAGUGACCAUCUCCCCAUCCAGGACAGAGGCCCUCAACCACCACAACCUGCUGGUCUGCUCGGUGACAGAUUUCUAUCCAGGCCAGAUCAAAGUCCGGUGGUUUCGGAAUGAUCAGGAGGAGACAGCCGGCGUUGUGUCCACCCCUCUUAUUAGGAAUGGUGACUGGACUUUCCAGAUCCUGGUGAUGCUGGAAAUGACUCCCCAGCGUGGAGAUGUCUACACCUGCCACGUGGAGCACCCCAGCCUCCAGAGCCCCAUCACCGUGGAGUGGCGGGCUCAGUCUGAAUCUGCCCAGAGCAAGAUGCUGAGUGGCGUUGGAGGCUUCGUGCUGGGGCUGAUCUUCCUCGGGCUGGGCCUUAUCAUCCGUCAAAGGAGUCAGAAAGGUGAGGAACCCCAGGGGAAAAGGGGAAGAUGGGCUGUGUCCCAGACCCUCUGUUCAGAGUGGUCCUGUCUGUAGAUUCGCUCUUUCCUCCUGACCCUGAGAGGAAGUGCGAGGAGACAGGACAAGAUUGGAGGAGGCAUUGGAAUCUGAUUUUACUAGUUGAAAGGUAGCGCUGUCACAGAGCUGACUGAUAGAGCUUAUUCCAGGGCAUCCUUACCAUUCAUCAUUGUCUCACUGGCUCCUUUCCAAAAGCUUCCUCCAUUAAGAGGGUCAGAGCCUCAGCCUCCUUUCUUUCUAGUGACAAUUUCCUUUGUUUUAGGGGAUUUUAAAUUA